AUGAAUAAUUCAACAAAACUUUUGAUGGAAACAAAGAAGAAGAGGAAGGCCGAGGGAAAGUAUCGGCCAAAAGUGGAUAAUACAGCUGGAAUUUGGCAAAUGAAGAAUAAACAGGUUGGUGAUCAAUCCUGUCCAAAACCUCCAAUGGUCCAUUCCUUCGGUUGUCCUUGUGCAAAACAAAAUAAAAAUGUUGAUCACUCCUCCUCUCUUGCAAAUUUGGUAAGUUCAUCCAUUCCAGCUUUCUUCAACAGAAAUGGUGAAGAGCUUUAUCAUAAUAGGUUUUGUCAUAAGCCUGUGUUACUAGACCGUGGUACUCAGUUGGAUAAGAUGACAGAUGUGGACUGUGCUAUUAUUUUUUAUUUUCGACAUUGGAAUUCUAUAGUUCAAAUAGAUAAGAACGAUAAAGCAUAUGAUGAAUUUGUGAGGAUAUUUUAUGCAAAUAUGCAUGAUGUUGAGAAUGAAGAUUUGAAAUUUAAAUCUUAUAUGAGGAAUGUACGUUUUCAAGUGAACUUGGAUUUGAUUUCAAAGAUAUUGAAUGUUGUCUCACCUUUUGUUGUUGAAAAUACUUUGACAUACCCAUUCAAGAAUCUCAGUGAUCAACCUGCCCUCGCGGAUGUUGCAACAGAACUUUAUGAUAGACCUUUUAAUCUGAAGAUAGAGACAUUUUAUCAAAGAUAUCUCACUAACACUUAUAGGAUUUUAAACCGUAUAGUGGGAUGUAAUAUUAAUCAGAGAGGACAUAGUGCUAAUUUUGGACUUGAUAGAGCUCAUCUACUCUAUGCCAUUAGGAAGGGGAUAACUAUAGAUCUCCCUCAUCUAAUAUUUAAUGAAAUUGUUUCCACGUUUGACGUUGGAGAUAGGCAAAAAAGUCUCCCAUUCCCCAUCUUAAUUUCAAAGAUCAUGAUGCAUUAUGGAGUUGUUAUUCACCCAACCGACAGUUAUAAGUCCCCUAUGUGUGACACCCCAAAUUCAUGGGGUCCGUUAAUUUCCCAUCAACUCAUGGAAUGCCCGUGGAUACCGUAUAACUCGAUAUCGCACCGUUGUGUCCCAUUUACUAGGAUCCAUAAUUUAACGGGCAGAGUCUCCUUUGUACGGGAAGCUCUACCCCAAAACACAAUCUGUGCAAUCAACAUUUACAUGACCCAUCCGAGGUCCAAUAUAAUACCAUAA